AUGGAUCAUACACCCAGCCACUUCUCUCCUGCACAUGCCAGUGCCAACUACCAGCCUGUACCAUACGAAGAGACACAAGGCCACGGGGGAGAAGAGAGUGAGCAAAAUGACCUUGGAGGCCCGACAACGAGUGAGCCUGACACUUCUGAGAACGAAAAUGCGGAUCCCCAAGAUGGUGAAAUGCCACGAAUAGAGCGACACGGCCUCUGCUUGGCUACAAUCCUCGGAGAUGUGGCCGCCGUUGCGUCACCGAUUGCCUUCAUCGUCUUUACAGUCAUGGUUUUGUGCCUCGAUGGCUCAGAGGCUAGCGAAGCUUCGUUUGCCAAAUGGAACAAUGCGACCACCGUGCUUGGCUCACUGUUUCCCAUCAUCUUUGCUUCCACGGUCGGUCGUUUCGUAUACGAGGUUGCGCGAUGGAAACUCGAGCAGGGAGCCACCCUUAGCACGCUAGAGCAGCUCCUAGGAAGCCAGACAGUUGGCUCAACCGUUUUGAUCCAUGCCAAGCUCUGCGCCAUGAACCCCCUGGCAGCCGGCCUGCUCUUCAUAUGGAUCUUUUCACCUCUGGGCGGCCAGUCUCUGCUGCGUAUUCUCGGCUCACGUCUAGAGCCCGUCGUGCAAAAUUCAACCAUUGCUCACUUUGACUCGGACGCUGCCUCUAUUCUGGCCCGUGGGCCAAUAGGUGGGCAAGAGUUCGGGAUUAUUGACGAUGAGAUCAGAUAUCUAGGAAACUGGCACAGUGCGUUGCUCCUAGCUCCAACGACGGCCAAGACAGACAGCAUGGAUCUCUGGGGAAACGUCAAGAUCCCCUUUCUGUCUAAAGAUAUGGAUGGUAGUGGCUGGAGCCAAAUGUCUUGGAGCCCGGACCCUGAAUACUUCUCCUCGCUCGCAGGAUACCCGGUUGCCAAUGUGUCAAUGGGCAACUCGACCUUUUCUAUGCAGACCAGCUACCUUCAACUUAAUUGCUCCAAGUGGCAACGUACCAAAUGGCAACCUGGUUACCACAGUCCAGUGAUUUCACAAUACUCUGCCUACAACAUCACCCGUUUGGAAGAUCGUUUCCCUUGGGAAAACGUCACCUAUCGGAACGGGACCAUCUACGGGCCCCCCCGCCAGGCAGAUAACGACAUCACGGACACCAUGCCGAUGACGACAUGGAACUUCGGCGUUGAUCGAUUCGUCGACUCCUUCUGGCUUAACAGCUCACACUUGCUCGACAGGCUCUCCUGGGGUGGCGUGGAAUUAAGAAAGUUCACAAGGCCCCUUAUUUUCGAGAAUGAGACGGGGAUCAAGUCAAAGCUUGCAAACCUCUUCUUCCUAGCUGUAAUAGAACCAGCGAGGAGCUCUCUGGGACCCUUGAUAGUUGGAGCCGAAUGCGAGAUCAAGCAGAGAUACGUCGAGUCGCGAGUAAACUGCUCCCAAACAGCCCGACAGAACUGCACCGUGGUGGCGCAGCGCCCUUCCAAGCGGCGGCACGCGUCUGAGGACAUUUCACAUUUAUCAUUCCCCUCUAUUCUUAACUGGGCCUCUCUGGGACUACCAAUAGCAGCAGGGAGAAGCAGUUCCGGCAAGGCGGACCUGUCUAUGAAGUAUCUGGCCGACUCAAAGUCAGGACACACCGUUCAGACCAUCUAUCUGGACGCAUUCGAGGGGACCGACAUGGGGACGCAAGGAAUGAUGGACGGCAUGCAAUUAUUCUCAGAAAACGUCACGGAGCCGGCCCAGGUGAGCACCUUAGUCCAAAUAUACACAAUAUCCAAGCCCUGGAUCGCCCUAUGCUUCGUGUCAUGCAUCGUACUGCUCUGCAGUGGUGUGCUCAGCGUGGUCUUUGCCCACCUUGCCGACGGCCCCGAGAUUCUCGGUUAUGCUUCGACCGCCGUGCGGGACUCCAAGUUCCUCGAGUUGUUGCCCGAAGUUGGAGGUAUGGCGGCAAUAGAUAUCACGAGGAUGAUGAGAAGCGAGCGACUCCGAUAUGGGAUCACGCACCUAACGAGAAAGAGGAAGCGGUUGUUGGGAGUUGGCCAUGAAGCAGAGACGGAACAGAUCAAGGAGAGGUUCGAUUCAGGGGUAUAA